AUCAAUUGUACAGAGUUUCUCCUUAGUGAGAGGCCUUUGUUCAAAAGUUAUCCAUUAAAUUUCAUGAGGAUACCAGCAUAGUUUGGUAGCUACAUUACAACUUUGAAUUCAUCAAAAAAAAAAUAAUCUCCACCAAACGCAUAUAGACACUACUAUUUGCUUUCCUUCAAAGUUAAGCACAAACUAAAUAUUCCCUCAAAAUCCAUUAUGACACUUAACAAUUUCCCCUCUGAAAACCUCAUUACAAAACACAAAAUCUUUAACUGCAAACAUCAAUUACAUUAACUUUUGCAAAUCAAUAUUUCUCCCUCCACACCAUCACACCAUGUUUCAUCAUGUUUAUCUCUUCCUCCUCCUACUAUCCCUCUGUUUCUUUCUACAUACUGUUUUCUCAUCUCACUGCACAACAGAAACCUCAACUAAAACCUUUCAAAAAUGCAUGAACCUUCCAACACAACAAGCUUCCAUAGCAUGGACUUUCCACCCUCACACUUCAACCUUAGAACUAGUCUUCUUUGGCACCUUCAUUUCACCUUCUGGUUGGGUUGGAUUUGGCAUCAACCCUACUUCACCACAGAUGACAGGAACUAAUGCCUUAAUUUCCUUCCCGGAUCCGAACACGGGUCAAAUAGUCCUUCUCCCUUUCAUCCUUGACACAACUGUCAAACUUCAAAAAUCACCACUUGUCUCUCAACCCUUUGACGAUAGUAUUAUCCAUCUCCUCUCUUCAACAGCAGCUAUGUAUGGCGGCAAAAUGGCAACCAUACAUAACGGCGCGCCUAUUCAAAUCUACACCACACUCAAACUCGAAUCGAAUAAAACCAAAAUUCACCUUGUUUGGAAUAGAGGUCUUUAUGUUCAAGACUACUCACCCACCAUUCAUCCAACAACCUCAAUUGAUCUCUCUUCUAUUGCAACUUUUGAUGUUCUGUCCGGUUCAUCAUCUUCGCAAUCUCAACACAUUGACCUCACAAUGCUUAGAGUGAUUCAUGGAAUCCUAAAUGCAGUCUCUUGGGGUAUUCUUUUACCAAUGGGAGCGAUAACGGCUCGCUACCUUAGACACAUUCAAACACUAGGCCCUGCAUGGUUCUAUGUCCAUGCAGGGAUACAAUUGUUAGGUUUCAUUCUUGGAACAGUUGGGUUUGGCAUUGGUAUUCGGCUCGGGGAAAUGUCGCCAGGCGUGGAGUAUGGACUCCAUAGGAAGCUUGGAAUUGCGGUGUUUUGUCUUGGAGCUUUGCAGACUUUGGCAUUAUUGUUUAGGCCAAAUGCUAGGAACAAGUUUAGGAAGUAUUGGAAAUCUUACCACCAUUUUGUUGGGUACUCUUGUGUGGUUCUAGGGUUUGUGAAUGUGUUUCAAGGGUUUGAAGUGAUUGGUGCUAGUAGGUCUUAUGCCAAAUUGAGUUAUUGUUUAGGGCUUUCUACUCUUGUUGGUGUUUGUAUAGCUUUAGAGGUUAAUUCUUGGGUUGUUUUUUGUAGGAAAUCUAAGGAGGAGAAGAUGAGAAGAGAGGGACUUAUUGGAACUAGUUCUGAUAAAGGGAGUAGUGGCAUCCACAAUUGAAAACAAAUAGUGUUUGUUUUUUAAGUCAAAAUAUCUUCUUAAUUAAUAUAAUUUAUUUUGGUCGUUGCAUAAACA